UGUUGCGUGUGAAUACUUCACUCUUGAGAGUGGUCUAUGGAGACUUCACUUCUAGACUGUCAAAGACUGGGAAGUGUAACACAUCUGACUGGUGGAGCCGCCAGCUAUCUACAUCAACAUUGCUGAUGUCCAGUGAUGAAAAAAAACAACUUCCAACAAAAUGCAAGGUUGUGAUCUGUGGUGGUGGUAUUGUUGGAUCAUCAGUUGCUUAUCACUUAGCAGAGAGAGGAUGGACUGAUGUUAUGAUUUUGGAGCAAGGAACUUUGACAUGCGGUACAACGUGGCACACUGGUGGUCUAGUUGGGAGGGUGCGAACAAAUCCAGUUGAAAUGAAAAUUCUUGACUACAGUAAAAAACUGUAUGAGCGGUUACAAAAUGAAGGAUAUGAUAUAGGUUGGAGGGAAUGUGGAAGUAUAAAUGUAGCAAGAACAAAAGAGAGAUUGGUGGAGUUCAAACGAAAACAUGCAGUUGCAAAAACCAUAGGAUUGGAAACACAUCUCAUAUCCCCAUCAGAAGCAAAAGAGCGUUGCUCUAUGUUAUUUACUGAUGAUCUUGUGGGUGCAAUGUGGGUACCACAAGAUGGUGUUGUGAAUGGUCAUAAGUUAUCACUCACCCUUGCUGAAAUAGCCAAAAAAAAAGGUGUGUCGGUCUAUGAGGGAGUAAGUGUGACAAAAGUUGUAACAAAUAAAGGUGAGGUGAAAGAAGUGGUCACCAGUGAAGGGACAAUACAGUGCGAAUAUUUUGUCAACUGUGCUGGGCAGUGGGCCAGAGCUGUAGGUAAGAGAACUGUUCCCAAAACUGUGAAAGCGCCUUUACACUCUUGUGAACAUUACUACAUGAUAACAAAACCCCAAGAGGGGAUAACACAACUUAUGCCAGUUGUUAGAGACUAUGAUGGACUUGUUUACUUCCGUGAGUGGAACCAAGGGAUUUUAGCAGGAGGUUUUGAAAUCAGUGCCAAGCCUUGCUUUCAUAAAGGCAUCCCUGAGAAAUUUGAGUUUCAGCUACUGCAUGAGGAUUGGGAUCAUUUUCAGAUUUCACUAGAUAACAUUAUACACAGGAUGCCAAUGUUGGCCAGUGCUGAGGUUCAGCAGUUGGUGAAUGGGCCAGAAAGUUUCACACCUGAUUCUAAGUGGCUGCUGGGGAAAUCACCCAAGUUGAAAAACUACUACAUGGCAGCAGGCAUGAACUCAACUGGGAUUGCCGGGGCUGGAGGAGCUGGCAAACAUAUUGCUGAGUGGAUUGUGGAUGAUGACACAAGUCUCAAUCUGUGGGCAUACGAUGUCAGAAGAUUUGUACGUUUGCAUAACAAUAAAAAGUUCCUAAGGGAUCGAAUGCCAGAAGCUUUCGCCAACCAAUACCUCCUCAAAUAUCCUAGAGAAGAAUAUAAAACUGGGAGAAAGUUGCGCUGCUCCCCCCUCCAUACUCGGCUAGAGGUAGCUGGUGCUGUAUUUGGUGAAACUAUGGCUUAUGAGCGGGCCAUGUAUUUCAACAACCCUGAAGCAUUUACAUUGGGUCAAGAAGUUGGCUCACAAUGGUCCUGGUCCAAGCCUUGUUGGUUUGAGAACGUCCAAGAAGAAUAUUGGGCCUGUAAGGAGCGGGUAUGUCUGAUGGACAUGUCCUCAUUUGCAAAGUUUGAAGUCAGGUCGCAAGGAGAUGAAGCAACAACUUAUCUUAAUUAUCUGUGUUCAAAUAAAAUAGACAAUGAAAUAGGGACCAUUGUUCAUACUGGGAUGCAUAAUGUCCAUGGAGGCUUUGAGAAUGAUUGUACAGUUGCCCGCCUAGAGCCCAACCACUACUUUAUCAUCUGCCCAGCCACCCAGCAAACACGAGCCAUAGCCUGGCUCAACAAACACCUCCCACCAGAUGGCUCGGUGCAGGUGACAGACGUGACCUCCAUGUUCUCAGGGAUCAAUAUCAUUGGCCCACAUGCCCAGCAGCUGCUUGCUGAUGUCUCAGAUUUUCCCACCAACAAGACAGACUUCCGACCAAUGACGACUAACAUGAUAGAUGUGGGCCAUGCAAGUAGCAUCAGGGCCAUGCGGUUAACUCACACUGGAGAGGAUGGUUUUAUUUUGUACAUACCUGCUGAAUAUGCACUCCACGUGUAUGACACCCUUAUGACAGCUGGAAAAGAUUAUGGAGUUCGCAAUGCUGGAUACUAUGCUCUAAGACAUUUACGUAUUGAAAACUUCUUUGCCUUUUGGGGUCUUGACUUAGAUGACAAGACUUCUCCUCUCGAAUGUGGUCGAGGAUUUCGAACAAAACUUGAUGAAAAUGAUGACUUCAUUGGUAAAGCGGCUUUGUUGAAACAACGCCAGAUGGGUGUGAAAAGAAGGUUUACUCAGUUUUUCUUGGAAGAUUAUGAUGUACACAAUGAUUAUUGGCCCUGGGGAGGUGAACCUAUUUAUAGAAAUGGGAAGUAUGUUGGCAUGACAACAACAUGCAGUUAUGGUUUCACACUGGAAAAGAUGGUCUGUCUUGGAUUUAUCGGAGAGCAUGAUGAAAAUGGGGAGCCAGCUACACAAAAAAACAUCAAUGAGUGGGUUAUGAACAAAAAUGCCAAGUACGAAAUUGACAUUGCUGGCGUCAGAUUUCCUGCUAAGCCUGGGAUCUACACCCCCAAGAUCACUGUCCAAGCCCAAGACCCACUUUUUGUCCCCGCCCCUGACAGGUCGUCAAAGUUUAGUUAGGUGACUUAAAUCAAACUAUUCUCACUGUGUUUGUCCCAGGCAGAGUAUUGUGAUUUUUGUUAGACUAGCUGAAUUAGUUUGGUUGCCACUUUUUGAUGCACUGAAUUUCUAUAUUGACCAGGCUUAGAAGAUUUUUAAUGGUAUUGUCCAAGUGAGUUUUGGUUGGCAGUUACGGAUAAUAUCAUUUAUAUAAUCAUGUGAUAAGUUCAUGUACCAAACUAGUAUUUUACACAGUUUAGUUGAUUAGCCAUUCCAGCCUUAACAUUUUAAUGAUACUCCGGUGCUAAGUCAAUCAUUAUGUACUUUGGUUUAAACAUUUAGUGAAUUUUUUUCUGUUUGUUUUUUUAUUUAUUAUUUUAUUUUGGUGAUAAGCACAAAUAAAAUGUAUUCAUCUUACCAAAGUGUAAACCUGUAAAAAUCUAAAAUGUUAAAUUUGUGCUUUUGUGCAUGAAAAAUAUAUCCUUAUCUAUCUUUAUGUUGUCUAAAAUAGCAUGUCUAAAAUUACAUUGUAAAGCUUCCACUGUACAUAUUUGACCUAAAUAGGUUUAACCAUAAUCAUAAAUUUAUGACUGCAUCAUGGCAGUCAAAGAAUAUCAAGCCAGUUUUCCUAUUCUUGUUUGUUUUCUUUGUUGUUUGUUUGUUUGUUUGUUUUGUUUUGCCCUGAGGAGAAAAGUAGCCAAUGCUUUGCAGUCAUUUAGAAAAUACAACUCUUCUGAAUUUUUCUGGUUUUUUUUUACUUUAAAACAAGUAUUUGCUUUUGAACUAAUGUUUUCAGAAUUUUUACUUUUCUUGAAAAAUGCUUUAAAAGAUUGAAUUUGUAGUAGUAAUUCACUGUAUGAAAAUGUAUGUAGCUGUAUAAAGACAUUAUGUAAAAUACUCUUGGCAAUUACUAUAAAACUUGGCUGUAUAGUUAAUUUAUUUGUAGAUAGCUUUGUUUGCCUGCUUUGUUACUAUGUUCUUUGGCUACAGUUUUAAAGUGGUCAUCUUUAGGUUCACUGCAGUCAAACUUUUUAAAAUGAAAUAAACAUGAAGGCCUACAUUUUUAAGAUAGUGAUAGGAAAUCACAGUCAAACUUUCUUUGACACACCUCCCUAAUGACAUCCUGAACACUUAGAUGAACAGAGCCAACUUUGCUGUCAUACUACAACCCUUGUUUUUGAUGAUAUUGUAUUAUUGUGUGUCUUUCUUGUUGUAUGACAACAAUUUUGUUCAAGUGUUUUAUUUCUACCAUUGCGUUUAUAUUGUUCCUUAGCAUUUUUUGG